ACAAUUAAUCUAAUAAAAUCUUUUAACAAAAAAAAUUAAUUUGAUUUUUCUUAAAAAUUAUAGAAAAUAGUUGAAGAUGUAUGUAUCAUUCUAUCGUAAUAUCAUGCAUUGUACCGUGUAUCAUAUAUGUAUCAUAAGAUAUGCUUUAUAAUAAGAUACAAAUUGUGAUACGUAUCUAUUUUCAUAAAAAAUGUAUUGUAUCAUUGGAUCGUAUCGUGUAUCAUAAGUUUUUUUCAACUAUGUUUAUUCAUGGUAAAUGCUUCAUUGUUUUGAUUUUUUUGAUAAAUGAAUAAUGAUAUACAUAAUUAUUAGCAUGUGUGUUUUUCUUGUAAUUGAAGAAAUAACGUAAUGGUAAAAGAACCUUCUUUUUCCAUUUCCUUUGCCAAACCAAAAUAUCAUCUUUCUAAUUCCUUUUAUUUCAAUUCUCAUAUCUUAUUACCUUUUAUUUUGUCAAUUGAAUUCUUGUUUUUUAACAACUAAAGUUCAAGCAUAAUGAAAAAUCAAGAGUAGUGAUCUACAUCUAUAGAGUUGGUUGUGGGAUAUCAUGAACCCUUUCCCCAUAUAGACACAAUGUGUUUGUUGUGUCUCGUAGGAUUGUAGAACCAAAUGGACAAACAUUCCUUGUAGAGCCAACAAAUAGACCCCCACAUUGGGAUCCAGAUCGGGUAUCGACUUUGAUAUCAUUUAUAACGACUUUCUCCCUUCCAUGUAAAUAUUGUUCAUCUUAGUUUGUGGCCUACAUGGCUUUAAAACGUGCCCAUACAAUUAAGAGGAACCCAUUACAUAUGCAGUAUUAGGAAUUUCUCCUUGUUGCUAAUGUGAGAUAUCACGCAAGAGAUUCGAAGUUUUGAUUUCUUUUCACUUCCUACCCUUUUUUAGUGGCCAACAAAACAUUUACUUUUAGUUCCUCAUUCUAUGGGUAGAUACUAAGCAUAGUUAGUUUUCUAAUUGAAGGUUUACCUAAUGUUAAUUAUUUUUGUUUACUUUUGCCUUCUUAUCAUAGUUCCUAAUACCCAUAUUUCUCUAGUUGGACCUAUAAGAAUUCAACAUCAAUGUGUUAUUCUUGGAGCUGAUAGUUAUCAUAUUAUCUGACAUAUUGUGCGUGCAAUCAUAUUAUAAUGUGGCUUGCUGGUGUUGAUAAAUGGUAUGAGCACAAGUACUCUUGUUUGUUUAGUCAUUUUUGUGUUGUUUCCCUGAAUUUUUCAUUUUUUUUUCUGUUACUUCAAUUUCUUGUGAUCUGUUGCUUUACAGAGAGGUUUAUUUCAUUUGGGUUUUAAAUUUUGGUCCUCCACGUUUCUUUGGCCUUUCACUGUUAUGAGGUCUGGUUUUUAUUUUUUGGGCCUCAUUUUACUGAUUGUCUCUUUAAUAGAAAUGAAGAAGAAUGAAGGUAAACUAAAACCUGCAGCAACUGGGCAAAAAGAAAAGCGAAAUGUGUCUCAGAGCAGUGAACAGCCUGUUGGUUCUCGAAAAAUGCCAAAGAGAGCUGCUGAAUGCACAGAUUUCAAGGAGACAUCUGUUCACAUCUCAGAAAAAUCUGUUCCUAUGGAAACAAAAAGGGAUCAACUUGUAUAUGAAGAGGAUGUGGCUGUACAACUGACUUCCAGACAACUUGAAGAUUGUCCAAAUAGAAGGCUCACAGAUUUCAUAUUCCAUGAUUCAGAUGGACAGCCCCAGCCUUUUGAGUUUUCAGAGGUUGAUGACUUGUUAAUCUCUGGCCUCAUUUUGCCUCUUGAGGAGAGUUCAGACAAGCAGAAGCAGAAGGGUGUUAGAUGUGAAGGCUUUGGCCCCAUAGAGUCAUGGUCAAUCUCUGGUUAUGAAGAUGGAUCUCCAGUGAUAUCGUUGUCAACCGAUGUUGCUGAUUAUGAUUGUAUUAAACCUGCCAAUAGCUACAAGAAAUUUUAUGAUCAUUUCUUUGAAAAAGCUCGUGCCUGUGUUGAAGUUUACAGGAAACUGUCAAAAUCUUCUGGGGGGAACCCUGACUUGAGUCUUGACAAGCUUCUUGCUAGUGUGGUUCGCUCAAUGAGUGCAAGCAAGUGCUUUUCCAGCGGGGGAUCAAUCAAAGAUUUUAUUAUUUUACAGGGUGAGUUUAUUCAUAAUCAGCUGAUAGGUUUGGAUGAGACAUCCAAUCAAAAUGAUCAGACAUUUUCAGAGUUGCCUGUCCUUCUGGCCCUUAGAUAUGAAGGUUAUAAAAGAAGGGAAUUUAUGAAAGCUAAAGCAGCUUCCUCUGGUGGCAGUUAUAUGAGUGAUAUGGAAAUUAGAGAUGCAGAGAAUGAAGUGGAUGAAUCUGGUUCAUCAAUUUAUGCUUCUGAGGAAAAUGAUGAUGUGAAAUUGGCAAGAUUGUUGCAGGAAGAAGAGUACUGGAAAUCAACCAAACAGAAGAAAAGUCAGGGUUCAGCUCCUUUGUCGAAUAAAUACUACAUCAAAAUAAAUGAAGAUGAGAUUGCUAAUGACUACCCGUUACCUGCAUACUACAAGACAUCUAAUCAAGAAACUGAUGAGUUCUUCGUCUUUGACAGUGACAUCUAUAUGUGUGACACAGAUGAACUUCCUCGAAGCAUGCUCCAUAAUUGGUCCCUUUAUAACUCAGACUCAAGGUUGAUAUCGUUGGAGCUUCUUCCAAUGAAACCAUGUGCAGAUAUUGAUGUUACCAUCUUUGGAUCAGGGGUUAUGACUGCCGAUGAUGGAAGUGGAUUCUGUCUUGACACUGAUCUUGGUCAUUCUUCAUCUAGCGAUCAGGGACCACAGGAUGUUGGUGGUAUCCCGAUUUAUUUGAGUGCAAUUAAGGAGUGGAUGAUCGAGUUUGGAUCCUCAAUGGUUUUCAUUUCAAUCCGCACAGACAUGGCUUGGUAUAGGCUUGGGAAGCCCUCGAAGCAGUAUACUCCCUGGUAUGAACCGGUUCUGAAAACAGCAAGGCUUGGAAUAAGCAUAAUUACACUUUUGAAGGAGCAGAGUCGUGUUGCUAGGUUGUCUUUUGCAGAAGCUAUCAAGAGAGUAUCUGAGUUUGAGAAGGACCAUCCUGCAUACAUUUCCUCUAACCCUGCAGAUGUGGAAAGAUAUGUGAUUGUCCAUGGACAAAUUAUACUGCAGCAAUUUGCUGAAUUUCCGGAUGGGAAUAUUAAGAGGUCAGCGUUUGUGACUGGUCUUGCAAAGAAAAUGGAGGAGAGACACCAUACCAAAUGGGUGGUUAAGAAGAAGAAGGUUGUGCACAAGAGCGAGCCAAACCUGAACCCAAGGGUAGCAAUGGCUCCUGUGAUGUCAAAAAAGAAGGUUAUGCAAGCUACAACUACGAGAAUGAUCAACAGAAUUUGGGGGGAGUACUACUCAAAUUACUCACCUGAAGAUGCAAAAGACGGAGCUAGUUGUAUAGUGAAAGAGGAAGAAGUUGAGGAGCAGGAAGAAAAUGAAGAGGAUGAUGCAGAAGAAGAGGAAUUAUCAGCUUUGGAGAAAACCCAGAGGCCUUCUUCAUUGCCUGGAAGAAGUAAAUUGCACUCCACAAGCAAGGAAAUAAGGUGGGAUGGGGAAUUUGUUGGCAAAACAUCUUCUGGUGACACACUCUACAAACAGGCCAUUAUUGGUGGAGACAAGGUCACUGUGGGAGGUGUUGUUUUGGUGGAAGUUGAUGAAUCAGAUGAACUUCCUGUCAUCUAUCUCAUUGAGUGCAUGUUUGAAUCCUUCAAUGGAAGAAAAAUGUUUCAUGGAAGAAUGAUGCAGCGUGGGUCUCAGACUCUUCUUGGGAACACUGCUAAUGCCAGGGAAUUAUUUCUGACAAAUGAGUGUCUGGAAUUUGAAUUGCAGGGCAUUAAGCAAAUGGUUGUUGUGGAUAUCCGAAGAAUGCCUUGGGGACAUCAGCACAGGAAAGAAAAUGCUAAUUUUGAUAAAAUUGAUAGGGCCAAUUCAGAAGAGAGAAAAAGGAAAGGAUUGCCAAGUGAUUAUUACUGUAAAAGCUUAUAUUGGCCAGAAAGAGGUGCUUUCUUCAGUCUUCCCUUUGAUACUAUGGGUAUUGGGACUGGUUUCUGUCACUCUUGCAAAAUAAAGGAAUCCCAGAAGGAGAAGGAUUCUAUUAAAGUGAAUUCUUGUAAAACUAGUUUUGUAUACAAGGGAACUGAGUACUCCAUUGAUGAAUUUGUCUAUGUAAGCCCCCAAUAUUUUGCUGUUGACAGGAUGGAGAUUGGAACUUUCAAGGCUGGAAGAAAUGUAGGAUUGAAGGCUUAUGUGGUGUGUCAAAUGAUGGGGAUCAUUGUCCCAAAGGCACCCAAAAUAGCUGAAGCAAAAUCUACCCUGGUCAAAUUAAGAAGAUUUUUCAGGCCUGAGGAUAUUUCAGCAGAAAAGGCAUACACUUCUGACAUCCGUGAGGUGUUCUACAGUGAAGAGACCCAUUUUGUUCCUGUUGAGAUGAUAGAAGGGAAAUGCGAGGUUAUACAGAAGCAUGAUCUGCCAUCAUGUGAUGUCCUUGCAACCUUUGAACACAUUUUCUUUUGUGAACAUCUAUUUGAGCCCUCUAAAGGGUCCCUCAAACAGCUGCCAGUCCACAUUAAAAUGAGAUACUCAGCUAGAAAGGCAGUUGAUGAUGCUGCAACAAGAAAGAGAAAGGGCAAGGGUAAAGUAGGAGAAGAUGAUUUAAAAGUUGAGAGACAAAAAACUGCAUUUCAAGAGAACUGCUUAGCCACUUUAGAUAUUUUUGCUGGCUGUGGUGGAUUGUCAGAGGGAUUGCAGCAAUCUGGUGUAUCAGUAACCAAGUGGGCUAUUGAAUAUGAAGAGCCGGCUGGGGAUGCAUUUAAACUCAAUCAUCCAGAAUCAUCGAUGUUUAUUAACAAUUGCAAUGUAAUCCUGAGGGCUGUCAUGGAGAAGUGUGGGGAUGCAGAUGACUGUCUCUCCACUUCAGAGGCUGCCGAAUUAGCUACAUCACUAGGUGAGAAAGACAUCAAUAAUUUGCCACUGCCUGGACAAGUUGAUUUUAUCAAUGGGGGGCCUCCUUGCCAGGGGUUCUCUGGGAUGAACCGGUUUAACCAAAGUACCUGGAGCAAAGUUCAGUGUGAAAUGAUCCUGGCCUUCUUAUCCUUUGCUGACUAUUUCCGGCCGAGGUUCUUCCUGCUCGAGAAUGUGAGGAACUUUGUGUCUUUCAACAAAGGACAGACAUUCCGUUUAACUGUAGCUUCACUCCUUGAAAUGGGCUAUCAGGUGAGGUUUGGUAUUCUGGAAGCUGGAGCAUAUGGAGUUUCUCAAUCCCGGAAACGGGUGUUUAUAUGGGCAGCCUCCCCAGAAGAGACUCUGCCAGAAUGGCCAGAGCCCAUGCAUGUCUUUGCUGUUCCAGAACUGAAAAUCACCCUAUCCAAAAACAUGCAGUAUGCUGCUGUUCGGAGCACUGCAACUGGAGCUCCAUUUCGGGCAAUAACUGUGAGAGAUACAAUAGGUGAUCUCCCAGCUGUUACAAACGGGGCAUCUAAAACAGGUCUAGAGUAUCAAAAUGGCCCCGUCUCAUGGUUCCAGAAGAAAAUUCGGGGGAACAUGAUGGUCUUGACAGAUCAUAUAUCGAAGGAGAUGAAUGAGCUGAAUCUCAUUCGAUGCCAGAAAAUCCCAAAGCAGCCAGGGGCUGAUUGGCGUAGUCUUCCAGAUGAAAAGGUUGCCCUGUCGACUGGGCAAGUGGUCGAUUUGAUACCAUGGUGCCUGCCAAACACGGCGAAGAGGCACAACCAGUGGAAGGGGCUGUUUGGAAGGCUGGACUGGGAGGGGAACUUUCCAACUUCUAUUACAGACCCUCAGCCAAUGGGCAAGGUGGGCAUGUGUUUUCAUCCUGACCAGGAUAGACUUGUGUCAGUUCGUGAAUGUGCUCGGUCUCAGGGUUUCCCAGAUAGCUAUAAAUUUUCGGGCAACAUUCAACACAAGCACAGGCAGAUAGGGAAUGCUGUUCCACCUCCUCUAGCAUUUGCAUUGGGGAGGAAGCUCAAAGAAGCAGUGGGAAAAUAAGAGGGCCAUGUAGAAGGUCAGUUGUGAGGUUGCUCCUCCUUUAUACACAAGUUGAAGUUGUUGUUCACUUCUUACAUACAUAGUUUGUACAGAAGAUUUGCAGAUUUGUAUACUUGUAAUACAAGCCUUCAAUAAAGGUCAAAUUUUCAAGAAA